UCUAGAUCCACAUGAUCAAAGCCAACCUAGCAUUAAAAACAUCUCAUAAGUAAGAAAUAACUAUAAUAUCGCUCUAAGCAUCAUAAAUCAUCUCUUAGUCAUUUUAAUCUACCUAAUUAAAUAUCUAGGAUUGUCAACUCACUAAUUAACCUGAAAACAUAAAUACUCAUGAGGAUACUUUGUUUAAUAAUGACAGAGAAGAUGGAGAAAAGGAUCUUAGGUUUGUACAAUGGAGAAAAAGUUAACAAGAUGAAAUUCCAUAAAACGUAGAGACAAAUAUCAAGGAUCUUAGGUUUGUACAAUGGAUAAAACAUAGCUAAGCCAUUAGCUUAAACAAAUAUUUAAAGGGGUCUUAAAAAUUAAGAGAAUGGAUCGAGCCAAAUUAAACACGAAUCAAAUCUACAAAUAUGGGUAAUAUAGAAUGGUCACAAUAGUCAGAUUCAGAUUACAACAGUCUCCAUGUGAUCGCCUAGGUUGGUCCGACACAAUGUUCUUUGGGUGGUAGAUGUCGCGACUGUGAUCCUAGUAAUCCAGCUCACUGUGGAGCAGUCAUCCCAUCGGUGUUCAUAGACCUGCUGUGGAAGGUCAAUGUAGCACCACAUUAAAUGUCUUUUAUCUACUUAUUAUAAUUAUAAAAUUUUUGUUAAUAUUUUGAUGGCUUAUAGUGGGUUUUCCAAUAUUUUUUUAAAAGUUAUCUUUUUAAUAAAUUUCUAAGUAUAUGAAUAACUUUACAUGAAAUCAAUUGCUUUUCCUCUAAACACCCUCUAAAUGUAUAUCUGCAAAUCACAAUGUACUUAAAGUGUAUAGUAAAUAUUUGUUUAGCUGAUAAAAAUAUAUAAUUAAUUAUUAUAAUGAUUUACACACUUAUUUGCAUUAAUUUACUAAAACAAAAACAAAAUCUAUAGAAAAGAUCAACUCUAAUUAUUUGCCACGUUGUGUCUGUUUGCAGUUUGCUUACCAAUAGAGGAAGAAAUAAAUUUAUUGGAAAAGCCAUUAUAAGCAACCAAAAAACAUUAAAUAUAAUUUUCUGCAAAUAUAAAAUUAAAAAAUAGACAAAAGACAUUAAAAGUCAUUCGAGAAAAAACCCCAAUAAAAAGCAUCUUCAUUCACUGUAUGUAUAUGUAUAUAUAUAUACCUCUCUUCUCCCACAAACUUCACAAACGUAACCUCUCGAGUUCCUCCCUCUUGUAAUAAAUAAAUAGUUUUCUUUUGUUUUGUCUAAAUGGCGCCGCCGACGACAGGUAAAACGGCGGCCGUUAAAACAAACAACAGCGACGGCGGAAAGAAAGAAAACCGUUAUAGAGGAGUGAGAAAGAGGCCACGGGGUCGUUACGCCGCGGAGAUCAGAGAUCCGGUGCAGAAGGCUCGAGUCUGGCUUGGCACUUUCGAUACAUCCGAAGCAGCGGCUCGUGCCUAUGACAAAGCCGCUGUUGCUUUUCGCGGGGCAAAAGCCCAAACCAAUUUCCCUCGACCUUCCUUGGUAGACAACGAGAGUCCGAACCAAAGCAGCACCGUCGGAUCAUCCUCGACGAUCACCAAUCUCAAUCUUGACACCAGGUUCCCUUUCCCGAAGAUUCAGGUCAAGUCUGGGAUGAUGGUGAUCGAGGAGUCAUCUGUGGUGAUGGACCGUAGUCCACAGAAACCAUCACGCGUGCCCUUGGAUUUCGAUCUCAAUUUCCCUCCAACGCCUGAUAAUUAAUAAUAGCAUUGGACAUUUAUAACUUUUAGAUGAAUUUAAUGUUCAUAAAUAUCUGAAUUGAACUAUUUGAUAAACUGGAGAUGAAGCUUGUAGUACAUCAUAUAUAAGUUGGUGCCUUCUUUUGUCAGCAGAAAGUUUAAAGAAUAAUUUUAGUGUUAUGUUCUCAUCUGCUGUUGUUUAUCAUUAAUUUAAACUCUUUUGUAUUUUCUGAUCAAAACUUAAAUAAUUAUUUGUUUAUAAGGCUUAUAUAUAUAUAUAUAUAUAUAUAUUUUUAUAUAUAUUUUUUGAUACACUAAAAAGCAAAAAAAAAACACCAUAAAAAUAGAAAAGAAAAGAUACAUGGUCAACUUAAAAUUCUUAAUGAGCUCCUGCUAAAAUGUAAGAGCAUGAUUAAUGGAAUGUUCUUAGAGUGGAGUUCUUAGCGUAAUAUAAGAAACUCUCUCUUAAUGUUUAACUAAAAAAGCUAAGAACCGGCUCUUAAAUAUCUUAUUUAAGAGCCGGUUCUUAGUUUUUUUAGUUAAAAAUUAAGAAACGGUUUCUUAUAUUCUGCUAAGAAUCUCAAAGAACUCCCCAUUAAUCAUGCUUUAAGUGAACAUAGCUCCUUGAGGUUCUGGAUGUGGAAGAAGCUGUUCAAGUUGCGUCUGCUUGCUUUGAUUCUAACAAAAGUGGAGAUGGUAGUACAAACUUACUGGAGGCAUAGGCACAAAGUUAGUGUACUGGUUCAGAUAGAGGAAAAGAUCCUUAGUCUAUGAUCCAAGGGUCUCUCUUCAGUGGACGGGUUUAAAAUCUGUUUCAAUUAAAAACAGAUAUGGCUCAUCACGUGACAUCACUUUCCUCUAGUACUGUGGUGCAAGGGGGUUUGGUUCAAUGGACCCCAAAGUACACUUUUAUCGGAUGGAUUGCAGUGCAUGAUCGUCUCUCCACAGGAAAAGGCUUUUAAAAUGGAAUCUGCAAACUGAUGCUCAAUGUUUGUUGUGUAAGAAUGCAAUGAAAUCAAGAGACCAUCUUUGUUUCCUUUGCUCUUAUACGGAGGUGGUAAGAAUGGGACUCUUAGGUAGGCUACUAGGAACUUGCUACUCUAAUCAAUGGAAUCUUAUUCAACAGAUUCUAGUGAAUGGUUCUCGUGAUGCAACAACAAUGUUUCUGGUUUGGUAUGUGUUCCAGUUGGCGGUGUACUCGGUUUGGAGCCAAAGGAAUGCUCGUCGAGUAGGUGAUAGGGAGCUGUCUUCAAUGCAGCCGCUUCAAUAAUUGGAUAAACAGAUGAGGAAUCUUAUAUCUACUCUACAAGGAGGACGAUGCAAGAACCUAGGAGGGACAAUGCAAGUGUGGUUUGAAUUCUUAUAACUAUGGAUAAACAGAUGAGGAAUCUUAGAUAAAUCAUUCUCUUGUUCUCAAACUAUAGAUGCAAUUUUUGUAAAAAAAAAUUGAUAUGAAUAAAUUAAGAUUCUUAUGGGUUUGAAUAAAACAGCUCCCAAAACAGAGUAGCCUAGCCUAAUAAAGGGCCCAACUUGCUGCAGGAAAAUCUUAAUCGAUUUUUUUCUAAAAUAAAUCGUUACCGAAGACUUACACCUAUAACCAGAGUAGCCUAGCCUAAUUAAGGCUAUAACAAAUACCACCAACACAACAACAAAAUGUGAAGGGAAAUCCAGGAAAAACCAAAUCAAGAUCACAACAGUAUAACCUUCACUUGAGAGCUUGAACCACCAAAUACUGGAAGAAGACUAUGUGUAGAAAGACUCUUUGAAAAUGGUUAAAGAAGAGUGAGAAUCGGGAUCAGGUUGGAUCUAACCAUUGUUGUAGUCAACUAUUAUAGGAAACUUUUUUCAAGACUCACUGUCGUCCUCAAAAACAGUAUGCUUAUUUAUCAUCCUCAACAAUUCAAGCGCCGUCAAACCUUCUCGCAACAACCACCACCAAACAACUCAUUGCCUCUCCCCCUCCACAGGCGAGGAGGCACCGAUCACCGUAAGCGGUCACAAGUAUGAGAAAUAGGAAUGAAACAUCUGUGAGGAAACAUGCAUGAUCCUUGCAUCCCAACCACCACAAAACAACUCUGGAGACAUUAAGGCACUCAUGAUCCACCACACUGAUCUGCCAUUUAGAACAAUUCUAGCCCAAAGAUAAAGCGCUAGCCGAAAGAAAGGUGGUCCCCUCACAGUAAUGGUGAGGUUACCAGAAACCGAAAAAAAAAAAAAUUGACAGUAAAAUCUAUUUUAUAGAGAUGUGGGAGAAAAUAAAACAGUAGAAGAAUGAUUUCAGUUAACUGUUUUUGCAUCAAUUAUUUAAAAGAUUUUACGUCGUUGCUUUUUUAUAAAUCUAUAUAUAACUGAUAUGAGGGGAAGGGAUAAUUUUUAUUUUGCUGGCACAAACAGAAGGAGAAUAAUUUUAUUUACGACGAUGGGAUCAUUGGUCAAAAACAGAAUUUUGCUGCCUCGGAUAAAAGUGCACACGGUUAUCUUUUGAUUUAUUUAUUGUUGUUACGGAAAAGUGACACUAAUAGAAUAUAGAUAUAAACCCUAUCAUGUUGCCUUUGUAUGAUACAAAUAAACGUUUAUCAUAUUAUCUUACGAUAAUCAACUGUUAUGUCGCUGCUUUUUGGUUAAUCAGCUGACGUAUUUGUUUUCUUUGUUCUUUAGUUUUGCUCUUGUUCUCGAGAAACUCAAGCUUUGUCGUUUGUCUCGUUACUCGUUAGUAUUGUGCAUCAUAAUCUCCGACUCUCAUUUGCCUCAUUCAUCAUUUUUAAUGUAGUUGGAUAAGCAGUCUUUUUUUGUCUCCCUUAGCCACUUCUAAUAAGGCUAAUCUAUUAUGAGGAUUUGAAAUUUGAGUUUUAGAAGAUUAGGUGGUUAAGAGUUUUUUUUUUGGUAAACAGGUGUUUAGGAGUUUGAUUAUCUAUUGUGGUUUCUUGUUUGAUUAAUCGUCGUAUUUGGUUCUUUGCUCGUUGUUCCGUUUUAGAAGAUUAGGUUGUAGAUCCAUUUGGCAGCAUUCUCUUCUUCGUGCUUUCCAUUAAUAGUGCGUAUUGAUCCCUGAUUGUAGUAUUAAAUUAUUUUAUGAGAAAUUCUUCGAAUAGUAUUUUUAAAGUUUUAAUCACAAAAAUAGUUUUAAAUGAGAAUAACAACCAAAAAAGUUUUAUUAAAGAGUAAAAAUAUAUUUAUAUCAUAUGCUUAACUAAUAUAUAUUUAGGAUUUAGAGUUAAGGAGUAGGAUUUUCAGGAUAAAGUUUCAAACUUAAAAAAAAAAAAAUUAAAAUUAAAAUUUUAAAAUAAAAAAUAAUUAUUUUGAUCAUUUUUUUUAUUGAAGACUAUUUUGUGAUAAAAAUUUAAAAAAUAAUAUUCGAGAGAAUUGCCCUUUAUUUUUUUUCCAAUGCUUAAGACAUAUUAUGGGCUUUACUUUGUAAUCAUAUGUAGCUCCGGUGAAAUAGAACCUAUCAGUUUUCGCUUUCUUUAAGACUCUAGAGGUUUGUUUUCCACUAUAAAUUUAUCUUUGGUUAUCUAAUUUUGCACUGUAUUUUUCUAUGUUUAGUACAAGGAUAUCCUUCAAAAUCAAAAAGCUAUUUAACUAAACUUAUUGUUGAAAGGUGAAUUAAACAACCUGAGACCAUGUCAUACGGGGUAUAGUAUUUAGCUAGGGUUAUUCAUUAAAAAAAGGUAUUUAGCUAGGGUUAAUUAAUGACAAAACUGUGAAAGUCCCUUGGUCUAGUGGUUUAACCAAAGGUUCAUUAUUGUUUCUACAUCAAGAGGUCUGUGUUUCAAUUUCCGGAGCAACUAGAACUAUGCGAAUUAAAAGAAAAAAGACUUACAAGAGAUCUGCAGCAUGGCGCAAGGAAUACCGUCAAACAUAGAUCUCAUAAGGCGGGUUCAGGUGAUGCUGUCAGGCAUGAAUCUUCAUACGACAUGUAGAAUUGUCGGCUGUAAAAUCAUUUGUAAUAUUUCUCAUAGUUGUAAUAGCAUAAUUAUCCAGCGUUAAAAAAACAUUAAUGACAAACCCGGAAAAAAAUAUCCAUGAUAAAAUAUUGACUUUUAUUAGUUACAAACUAUAAAGUAUCUAAUUCUAUUUACCAAAAGUCUACUAUCAGAAUAUGUAUUGUUAAUGAGUGAAUUUAAAAACAUGCAUUAGCAUUUAGCUAGGGCUUAUAAUAGAAUUCGAAGAAAAUAUCUUAUAUCAUCAAAAUGACAAAUAAAGGUCUUUAAAAUUUGGUGAUCAAAACGGAUGAGCCGCAGCAAUCGAAGAUAGAAUCGCCAACCACCAAGCAAUGCUUGAAAUUGAGAUUCCUUGCCGACUGAUUAAUCGAUGGAUUGCCAAUAAAAAUGGACUUUGUUCGGACUUAUUUUGCGACGAAAGAAAUAAGUAAAACAUAUAAACAUUGGUAGAGUUACAGAUCUAUAGAUAAAUGAUGGACACUAUGUAUUUGCAUACCAUUACCAAACCCCGAAGAAAAAAUAUCCAUGGUAAAUAUAGACUUUAUUUGGUUACAAAUUAUAGUAUCCGUUUUUAUUUUACUGUCAAACCUUAUAUCAGAAACCCAAUCGGCAUUUGUCUCAGGAAGUUUAAUUUCGGAUAAUAUUCUUAUUGCUCAGGAGAUGUUUCAUGGACUGCGAACAAAUAAUGCAUGUAAAAAAAAAUUUAUGGCAAUCAAAACAUAUAUGAGUAAAGCUUAUGAUAGGGUAGAAUGGUCCUUUAUGGAGCGGUUAUUAUUGAAAAUGGGUUUCUGUUCUGUCUGGGUAGCCAGGGUGAUGACAUGCAUUUCUUCGGUUUCUUAUAACGUCUUACUUAACGGACAACCUAAGGGAAGUAUUAUUCCAGAAAGGGGUUUGAGACAAGGGGAUCCCCUAUCUCCGUAUUUAUUCAUUUUAUGUACAUAAGCUCUUAUUGCAAAUAUUAGGAAAGAGGUGAGAGACAAAAGGUUAACAGGACUUAAGAUAUCGCGAGGAGGACCUGCGGUCUCACAUUUUCUCUUUGCGGAUGAUAGUUUGUUUUUUUGUAAGGCGAAUGUGAUUGAAUGUGAUGUUAUCCUCAAGCUCCUCAAAGACUAUGAAGCUAUGUCGGGCCAACUGAUAAAUUUUGAUAAAUCAUCUUUGCAAUUUGGUCAUAAGGUACCAGAGUCACAAAGGGUGGAAAUUCAAAAUAAACUUGACAUAACUAAAUUAGGUGGUAUGGGAAAUUAUUUGGGAAUACCAGAAAGUUUGGGUGGAUCUAAAAUACAAAUUUUUGGUUUUUUGAAUGAAAGAGUAAAUAAUAAGGUGAACAGUUGGACGGUCCGGUUCCUAACUAAGGGCGGGAAAGAGGUGAUGAUAAAUUCAGUGGUUUCGACAAUGCCAAAUCAUACUAUGUCUUGUUAUAGAUUAUCAAAGACAGUUAUAAAGAAAAUUACAUGGGCUAUUUCUCACUUCUGGUGGGGUAGUGGUAACAAUAAGAGAGGUAUACAUUGGUUUUCAUGGGAUAAAGUAUGUAAAUCUAAGGAGGAGGGAGGUCUUAGCUUUCCUGAUCUUCAAGAUUUUAAUACGGCCUUAUUGGCUAAGCAAUUAUGGCGGUUGAUAGAUAAACCAGAUUGUUUGUUUUCAAAGGUAUUUAAAGGCCGAUAUUUUUGGAAUACUGAUCCAUUGGAUCCUCACAGAUCUUAUUCACCUUCCUAUGGUUGGAGAAGUAUCUGGUCAGCUAGAUCUCUGGUUAAUAAAUGGCUAAUCAAAAGAGUAGGAUCAGGACAGACCAUCUCCGUAUGGAAUGAUCCGUGGAUUCCUGCUCCUCGCCCGAGGUCAGCUAAACCAAAAACGCUACCCCAAUUUUUAAAUCCUUCUUUAAAGGUGGAUUAUCUCAUCGAUCCAUUGACUAAGUCUUGGAAUGUGGAUUUGCUCAAUGCAUACAUACAUCCGGAUGAUGUUAAGAUUAUUAGAGGCAUGGCUAUAAGCCGGAAUGAUAGGAAGGAUUCUUUUGGGUGGUCUUUCACACAGUCAGGAAAAUAUUAUGUUAAGUCUGGAUAUAGGGUUGAAACAUUAUUUCCAGAUACAGCACAUGAUUUAGUUCCUUAUGGUCCGAAUAUCAAACCACUUUUGGCUUUUUGCUGGAAACUUAAAUGUCCCCCGAAAUUGAAACAUUUUGUUUGGCAAGUUCUCUCAUGUACUAUAUCGGUUUCAAAAAACUUAAGGUCACGGGGGAUUAAUUGUGAUACCCGAUGUAGUAUUUGUGGCGCAGAGGAAGAGUCAGUUAAUCAUGCUUUAUUUGAUUGUCCUCCAGCUCUGCAAACUUGGGCUUUAUCAAAAAUCCCCUCAGCCCCUAGUGUUUUUCCAACGAAUUCGGUAUUUACCAAUAUGGAUUAUCUCUUCUGGAGAUUGCCAAAAGAGCA